CCCUCCCCCACCCGUGUAUUCCUGCCCCCCUUUGCACGGGGCCGCGCCAUGAUGUUCCGAGACCAGGUGGGCAUCCUGACGGACUGGUUCAAGGGCUGGAACGAGUGUGAGCAGACGGUGGCCCUCCUGUCGCUGCUGAAGAGAGCGUCUCGUACCCAAGCCCGCUUCCUGCACAUCUGCCUGGAGCACUGGCUGGCAGACUGCACUGAGAUCCACAUCCUGGAGGCGGAGGCCAACAAUGCAGACAUUGUGAGCCAGUGGCAUCAGGAGCCCAAGGAGAAGGCGGUGUCGUUGCUGCUGUCCCACCUGCCCCUGCUGCAGCCCCGCAACAGCGAGGCCAAGUGUGAGUACAUGAAGCUGCUGCAGAAGGUGCUGAGCCACACCAUUGAGAGCAGCCUGUUUGUGGAGGAGAGCAGACAGCUGUUGUCCUACGCCCUCAUCCACCCGGCCACCACCCUGGACGACCGCAACUCCCUGGCCAUGUGGCUCAACCACCUGGAGGAGCACCUCUCCAGUGGCUACCCGGUGCCCUCCCCGCGGCCCGCCUCUGGCCCCUACCACCCCCGGCAGGGCUCGGACGAGUGGCCGGGCUCUGCGGAGGGUCUGGACCACGGCCAUGCUUGGUUCGAUAAGCCCCCUUCCUCUAGCUCCUCCCCUGCAGGUCAGAACGGACACAUGUCUUUUCAGGGCGGGAUACCUUCACCCAUCAACAGCAACAACGCAGGCAUGGGACAGAUGGGCCAACCCAGCCCUCUGAAGAGGUCCAUGUCCCUGAUCCCCUCCAGUCCCCAAGCCUGUGGCUCUGAUUGGCUGAGUCAGGAUGAUCUUGGGGGGCGACAGGCCUUUGACCAGGCCCCCCUGUCCCCCCAGAGCAGCGUGGCAUCCUCAGGCAGUGAGCAGACUGAGGACCAGGGCUCCAGAAACACCUUCCAGGAGGACGGCAGUGGCAUGAAAGAUGUGCCCAUGUGGUUGAAGAGCCUCCGUCUUCAUAAGUACGCAGCACUUUUUUCCCAGAUGACUUACGAAGAGAUGAUGAUUCUGACGGAGCAGCACCUGGAGUCACAGGUUUGUCAUCGUUUGUCACAGAAUGUGACCAAAGGGGCGCGGCACAAGAUAGCCCUGAGUGUCCAAAAGCUACGAGAGAGGCAGAGUGUUCUCAAGUCUUUAGAGAAGGAUAUAUUGGAGGGGGGCAACCUGCGUAAUGCUCUACAGGAGCUGCAGCAGAUCAUCAUCACACCCAUCAAGGCCUUCAGCUCCAGCCCUUCGAGUGCCCGGCAGAGAGACAGGGACUCCGAGGGGAUUGGGUCCACCUCAGACCACUCCAAGUCUGUGGAGGACAAGGACCUGGGCCAGGAUGGGUUCCAGACCCAAAACCCAGCUCCCUGCGACGGAGAGUCCUCCGCUACACCCAUCUCAGACGGUGACAUUGCUGGCCAGUUCACACGUGUCAUGGGUAAAGUGUGCACUCAGCUGUUGGUGUCAAGGCCGGAUGAGGAGAAUAUCAGCUGUUACCUGCAGCUCAUUGAGAAGUGUCUGACACAUGAGGCUUUUACAGAGACUCAGAGGAAGAGACUGGUCUCCUGGAAGCAGCAAGUUCUCAAGCUGCUCCGCCUGUUCCCGAGGAAAGCCAUGCUGGACAUGCCUGUGUACCGACAGAAAGGCUGGGCGUAUGGUUCCAACUCCCUUCCCACAGCAGGCUCUGUGAGUGCUGGGGGUCUGGCACGUAGGGGGCCGAGGGCGUUCCCGAUGCCCCCCCGUGCCCUCCCCGCUGGGCGUAUGAGUCUCCUGAGUCCAAGUGGUAUGGGGGUGGCCUCUCCCCGUCACGCCCUCACCAGCCCUGCGUUGGCAGGGCAGGGCAGACAGAAUCUGUGGUUUGCCAACCCUGGGGGCAGCAACAGCAUGCCGAGUCAGAGUCGCAGCUCCGUGCAAAGGACCCAUUCUCUCCCAGUCCAUACCUCCCCGCAAACCAUGCUCCUGUUCCAGCAGCAAGAAUGCCAAGUUCCAGGUGCAGACCUGGAGAUCAACCCUACGCUGGAGUCACUGUGCCUCAGUAUGACGGAGCAUGCCUUAGGGGAUGGAAUGGAUCGAACAUCAACAAUAUGAAAAUAAAAACGGAAAAGAGGAAACCGAACAGACACUUCACUUCAACUGAGGCCUGUUCAUUUCCUUGUAGCCCAGCACAAAAAUAUAUGCUUAAAAAACAAAGCGAAAUGG